AUGGCUAGUCACGACAGCAGUGGUGGCUUCAGCUCUUCAUCCGCUGGCGAUGCGGUGAAGUCGGCCCAAGCAGCCACCGACAGCGUCCAGGGGUUGCUUCGCGCUGCACGUCAAAAUCCGGAGAAGGAGCUCGGCAUCCCAUCAGAUGAGCUGGAGAGACGUCAGAGAGAGGCGUGUACGGCACGCCAGUUUGUGAGCGAGUCUACAAGCCGUAAGUUCGAGGUGAAGAGCUCGGCGCGAGCGCAGCAGAUUAUGAACCAGGGGAUUGACAAGUACCAGCGAGAAAAACGGCAGAGGGACCUGAGGCACAAUCUGUCCAUGCUGCGCAAACUGCAGGUGGUGCUGUGCGUCUUCGGCGCCGGCUUGUUUGGUUGGCUGACCGUGACGUAUCUGCUGCCGCGUUACUUUGCCGUGCAAGACCGCCAACGUCGCAUGCAGUUGCGAUACGAGCUCGCGCAGCGGAGCCUGGAGGGCAUCGGCGACAGUGAUGCUGCCGUCGCCGCGGCCGCGUCACCGGUUGGCCCGGUGGUGCGCGUCUUUCGCGUGGAGGACGGAGGUGAGGGUGGGAUGAAGCGCACCAUUCAGUGA